UUAAUAAUAAAAUUAGUAAGUUAUUAAGAUGUGUAAUUCUAGAAAAUAUUUUUCUAAGCUAAAAUUUAUUGAUUAAGUAUUAAAGUAUACUAUGUACAGUUUAUGAGUUUAAUAAAUAUUUCACACCACCAAUAUAUCGUUUUAUGUAUUUUUGCUUCCUUAUUUAUGUCGUCUGACGUCAGCUGAUAAACGCCGAGCUGAUAAAUUUUCGGGCGCAGUAAGCAAGUAAGUGUCUAUUAAAAUGAUGAUAAAGUUGAUAAGAUAUAAGAUAUUGAUAUAAAUAUGUUUUAGAUAUAUAUUUGAGUUGGGAAAUUCACCCGAGCUUUAACUCCGAGUCACUGGAAUCAAUUGUCGGACAAUAAUUCAAGCUAAGUAAUGGCUUUUAGAUUUUAAAGUACUGAAGCAUUCGUAGGCAACAAUGCCGGCGUCGUAAUAAAUUUAAUGGCAUCCAGUCUGGAAAAGUAAUAAAGUCUUCUAUUCUGAAAAGUCUCCGAGUAACUGGAGCGUAUAAUUUUGUUGAAUUUAAUGUGUAUUAAAUUAAUGUGUACUGUAAAUAAAAUUAUCAUUUAUUUUAUUUUCAAUAAUUAUUUUACUAUUUUUAUUUUUUUUAUUAUCACAUGCGUAAAGAUUGUGGACUCUACUAGAGUUAAGGUUCUGAGCUCAACAAGAGUUAAAAUACUCAAGCUGCCGAAGGAUGAGACCGGGAAAUUAAACGGAUGUAAGCCCAAGACCCCGGUGGUUAAUAAAAAUUCGGUUAUUGCGAAGGAGCCACUAUUGAAGUACUAUUGCAAAAGUUGCGGAUAUAUUUACUCAGGGCGAGCAAGUGACCCGCAGACGGAAGUGUUCAAGCGAAUGCAUUCGAAGAAACACUUCACCAAGUGCCUGCAAUGCCCAGAGACAUUUGCGUUGGCCAGAGAUUAUCUGAAGCAUGUGGACGAGGCCCACGAGCUCAAGUAUUACAAGUGCGAGCAGUGCUGGUACCGGACGACGAGUAUCCGGCAGUUUGAGAGCCACAAGAAAUCUAGACACAGGCAAGUUUUGAUGCAGGAGAAGAAGUACUCCUGUGGUAGGUGUUUGAAAAGGAACAUGACCCAUUCCCAGCACCAGAGUCACCUGUGCUCGGAAGACGACAUUGCAAAAAAACGGGAGAAAGACAAGGAAGGAGAGAUUUCGCUGUGCGAGUUCUGCGGCUACACGUCGCGGAAUAAAAAGUCGAUCAAGUUACACAUAAACCAGUAUCACGCUGAGCGUAACAUUGGGUGCAAUAUCUGCGACAAGAAGUUCACCAGCGAGCAGGGGCUGAUAAUGCACAUGAACUACCACAAGAAUCCGGUGGUCAAAGUCGGCAAGCUCUUCUGCGACCACUGCGGCAAAGGUUUCAAGGACAAGCCGGCUCUGAGGUUGCACAUCAUGAACACCCACAUGGGCAUGAAGCUGGCCAAGUGUUCAAUUUGCCACAAGUCCUUCGCCAAGAAGACGACGCUGAGGCAGCACUUGCUUACCCACAGCGGCAAGCGCCCGUACACUUGUGAUAUCUGCGGAAAAACUUUUGUCCAGAUACCUGCGCUCAGUAGCCACCGCAAACAACACCCUGGAAAGCUUCCGCCCAUGCCUGUAGUUUAUAUUGAUUCUUACAUACGAGAGCUUGAUCCCUCGAUGGUCACUUCCUCGAUUGUCCCGGUUCCGAAACUCAGAACAGAGUCUCAGACUUUCGAGGAUUUCAGAAGUAAAUUGAAGCCUUAAUUUUUUUUUUCUUUUAUCUUUAAAAUAAGUUUUAUGUUUGCUCAUUAUUAUAAGUGCCAUUUAAAGUUCAAAGUUGAUAAAAUAUUUUUGUAAUACAGUUAAUUAUUUAUUAUUAUUAUUAUUUUU